AUGUUGUCUUGGCCGGCCCCGGGACCUUCCCUACCCCGGGAUCUCCCCAGGAGCCGGCCAUGGCGCGAACCAAGCAGUAAAACCAGUUUUAAUUUCUCCAGCGAGACACCUCCGCCCCACCGUGCCCCGUAUUACAAAUUUGUCUGGAAAAACAGGACAGACGUUUUCCAGGCGUGGAUCGAAACAUCCCCAGAAAAUGGUAUGCCGUCGCCGUCACCGCCGCCGUCGAACCAUCUAUUAUUUUAUGGAGAAAAUUUCCCCCUGGGUAGCAUGAUUAUGAUUUGGCAAAAUCCAGAUUUGCAGAAGUUGGUGGACGUUGAAAAGCGCAACCGGGCUAAAUGGUCUAUAUACCAUCUGCUAUUAGGCCUGCAAAGCCAUUGUGGCGAAUCAGGUCGCAACGUCGUUAAGGAGGUAAAUAACAUCUAUAUCGACGAACGAGGUGCCCACAAACGUGGUAAUAGAGUAACACCAGUUCCUACGGACGAUAUUAUGGAAAUUAUCCAUUCUUCUGACGAGAUGGGAUUUUCGCGUGUCCAAUAUAACGCAAUAACCCCUAAAUAA